CAGAAUACAAACAAUUGCGUCAGCCGGCAUCGUAAGUGCAACCUGCAGUUUGAAAUAUUCAGAAUAUACCACAUCGAAGCAAGUAGCAAAUUAUCGGUAGCCCAGUUAUCGAUAGCUUAGCUGUUGCUCUGGUAUUAUCGUGCGAAAAACAAAUCCAAUUGGAUAAAGCAGAUUCCGCCAUGGAUUUCAUUGAGCGAGAAUUAUCAGAUAUACGAGCUAAUUGCGAAGAGCAAACCAUUAAAUUAAUCACCUGUAAUGCAACAUUAGUGCGCAUAGAUCUGCUGCCGCAACGGCCAAAUCGCAGCAUGACAGUUUGUUUACGUUUUCCGGAGGAUUAUCCGCAACGCUGCUCGAUUCUUGUGGAGCUCAAAAGUCGCGUCUACUCGGAUAAGUUGCUGGCGGAGCUCACCCGACUGUUGGACGAACAUGCCAAACAGCAUUUGGGCAAACCUCAAGCGGUACUUGUACUUCGCUUUGCCCUGCAAUAUCUGUCGGAUAAUCCACUCUGCAUUUGCCUGGACGAGAUCAAGCAGCUGCGUCAGGAUCUCAAGUCGGAUAACGUAAGUCAGCUGAAGCUGCGACAACGCAACAGCUGCGUCGAGAUAACUGCACGAGGUGGUCAAUACUACUAUCGCUUGACAGCCGCUGUGCCCGACGAUUAUCCGCAGCAAGCGGUCGAUUUGCGCGGCCAGGAGUCAAAUCUACCCAAUGUCCUGCUACGAUAUCUCAACGGACAAUCGCGUGAGAUUGCCCGGCAAUGUGUUGAGCCACCAUUGCGUCUCAGCAAAGAUGAAUUGGCCAAUUUCCGACCAUCUCGAAGUUUGUAUCGCACGUUGAAGUUUUGUUUGGAGGCCACACGUGACUUUCACUUGGAGUUGUGUCCCAUUUGUGAUAAUCCUGUGCUGCCACAGCAGCCAGAGAAAGUGGUGCUUGAUGAUCGUGACGAUGCGUUUGUGGAACGAGUCUAUUGUGGGCAUCUCUUCCAUCAGGGCUGCCUCAAGCUUUAUCUAUCAGAGCCUCCGUUUCCCAAGUCGGGCAAACUGUGUCCAGCCAAGCGACGUCAUCCUCGCUCCGAUGCACAUAGCUACAUGGGCAAGGGAGCGAUCACAGCUGCUACAUCCUCUGGGAUUAAACUGGAUAAUAGCGAUAAUCGAUGUGGCAUCAAAUUGGCCCACGAUCGUUGGGUUGUCAGUGUAAAGACAGCCGAGGCACGGUGGGCACAAAAGCAGGCGCGACAACGCGAGCUCGAGGAAGUGGUGGAUUUUUUACAGUAAGUCGCAAGCGAAAGAAGACUUCGUUUUGUAUAUAAGAGUAUAAGUAUAUUUAAAUAUUGUGAUCGAAUACACUUAAAAAUGGGCUGCAGAUGCUAAGAGAUAUGAAAAUAAAUAGAGAAAUUAAAUAAUGAGUAUUGGUCAAUUGUGGAUGUCGUUGAUGUCAAUACGUUGUGCGUCUAGUUGCUGUGGGAGCGCUGCUUAGUUGCUUAGAAAGCGGUGACAAUCUCAUCCGCUUCGUGCCGCUUGAUGGGAUCACCUUUAAUCAGCGAUGAAAUGAGACUGAAAAUAACCGUAAGUUAAUGCAAAUUAAUGACACUCAUGAAGAGUAAAAAUCAAGGAGCGAAAAUAUUAUUAUUAUUAUUAUUAUUUAUUAUUAUUUUUAUACAAAGCCAAAAAUAAUUAUGAUUAGAAACAUAUUAAAUUAUUUUAAAUACAAUAAUACAAUUAUCGUAAAAGGAAAACAAAAAACAUAAAAAUACCAAUAUUACCAUGUAAUAUUUAUAAAUGAAAUAAUGAUGAUAACGGUCCCUGUUAUAAAUGUAUAUAGUAUAUUUAUGUCACUCACCAAUACAAUCCAACGAAGAACAUUACAAAAUAAUAUCCCAGAUAGAUCAUGCAGUUCCUCAAAUGAACCUUCAAGAGUCCUCGACUGUGAAUAUCAACAGGAUCAUAGACGCCAAGACUGUCACGACGCUGGCGAUGCAGCUCAUAAAAUAACCAAACGACCAUUGGUAAAUUGAGCAAGAACAUUAUCCAGUGACUGCAAUAGAGAUGCUCCACAUUUAAUGCUUAUUAAUGGAGGAAAAGUGGUGGAAAAGUUACCCGCAAAUUAAAAGCAGAAAACAGAGCAACGCAUGAGAACCGAAUUUGGGUAUGACCCAGAAGUUUAGGCGACGACAGCAUUCCUGGGCAUUGAGGUAGUCGCACUCCAAGUCGGCCAGCGUCAACACCUACAUGAAACGUAAAGAUUUUCAUUCAAUUUUCACUUUUCCGGUACACGCACAACACAAACAAAAAGAGGCAAACAACUUACAUAGUAAAUUAAUAGCAAUAGAAUGGCGCCAUAGACGAGCAGCGUAAUGCAGAACACAGCUGUUUCGGGCAGAAACAUAAUUGCACUAGAGAUUACA